CAAGAAUUUUUUGGCUCAAGCCUUUAAUCGAUCGAUCGCGGCUGCUGCCUCGAACAGAUCCAAUGAACUCUUGUGUUGGCUUCACGUCGGUGGCGCUCGUGUGCAUGUCGGGGCUGCUCGUAUUCCUGAGCGUGGCCUGGCGAGGACCAGCGGUUGAAUUAAGUUCUGCGCUGGUAUUUGCCAGAGCAGCAUGAUCAAUGUGAGCGGCCGCACGGGCAGCACGGUCGUGAAGUCCAGGCGGAAUGCCGCUGAGGCCAAGCAGUGCAAACAAUUGCCUUGUAUCCCAAGUCUGAAAGUUUCGAGUCGGUCGUCCAAGUUGCAGAUCAUGGGACAGGGCAAGGGUGGCGCCACGGUGUCCGCCCAGAUCAUGUUCAAUUUUCUGAACAUAACUGAAAAGGCGUUGGAGUACAGCCGCUGGAUUCACGAUUACCGUUGCGAAGUAUUCAACAAGGAUCCAGACCACAAGUCAUACAAGUGCUCUGAGUGCGGGCUGAAUGGCUUGAAGUGUCUCUAUAUAGUGCGCAAUCCGUUGGAUCGAGUGGUCUCUUCGUACGUUCACACCAUGAGUACCAACAAUAUGCACACAUCUAUCAGAGGCAAAAUCGCAGACUUCGCAGCAGAUGCCUUUUUCGCGGAGUUCAUCGCUUUCUUGAAAGGCACUGCAGCAACGGGUCGCCGCUAUUGGGGUGACCCUCAUUACCUGCCCCAGUGCGACACGGUCUGCGAACAUACUGAAUUUGACCGGGUGCAACAUCUCCUAAUCGAGAGCUUGGAUGCUGGAUUGGCUUGGUUCGGCCAAACCGAAAACAUACAGGGCCUGACCAGAAAUAACAUGUCAUCGAAACACUACGUCAAGAAGUCCUCCCGGAUGGAUCCAGGCGCAGCAUAUCUCCGCUACAGCAAGCAUCUGCAUGAUUCGCCUCCGUCUUACGAGUCCUUUCUCGCCGAGCCCAGCAUAUUCAAGGAUGUAUGUUGUUUUUUCCGGACAGAUAUCGAGUUGUACCGCAAGUCAUGUUCUGCAGAGUGGCUGCAGGGGUGCGCAGAAUGCAUGGACAGUUGUGCCAGAGAGCUACGGAGGUUGGCGCCCUGCAAUGAUGUGUAAUUAUAGCCGGAGUGCAGUAUCCCCAAACAGGGUUUUUAGACCCACUGCGGUUUCCAAGGUCGAUUGCGUGCACGUCCAGUGCGGGCUGGCAUGGCAUGUUGAAACAUGCCUCUCCUCCUCCUCCUCCUCCUUCUCCUCCUCCUUCCCACGCUCUCAGACUCCACGCAUCCAUGCGGCCCUUCAUCCAUGCCCGCGCGCGCCCAUAGCAUCAUUCCUCCAUACAUCCAUACCUCUACCUCCGUACCUGCUCCGCGCAAGCAACCUGCACAACCUGACUGGCUGGCAUGCGUGUGGCUUGUCGCCUGUUGGACUUCAGUAAUGUUCUAACGCGCUCUCUGCGCAUCGCGGCCCAAUUGGCCGGCGUUUGUCGCGUCGACGGGCGGCGCGCGACUGGAAGGAAUUUGACCGCGUCCGCGCGACUGGAAGGAACAAAAAUCCUCUCUCCCCUCCGUGUCCUCUCCUGCUUCCGUCUCUCCCCUUCCGUCCCGUCGUUCCUUCCCAUUCCCUCUUCC